UCUCUCUCUUCUCUCUCUCUUCUCUCUAUAUAACAACUGCUUUUUCGUCUGCCUUACACACACACACACACACACCUUCUUUGCCCUUCUUUCGUCUAUCACAGAAUCUCCUCCAAAAUCUUUUUCAUUUUACUUUUAAUUUUUACUUUUCUUUCAAUUUCUUUUUUCGCCGAUGGGUUCAUCCUCUCAAGCCAGCCUUCUUCUUCAGAAACAGCUUAAAGAUCUGUGCAAAAACCCCGUCGAUGGAUUCUCGGCCGGUUUAUUGGACGAAACCAACCUCUUUGAAUGGAGUGUUACCAUAAUUGGCCCCCCCGACACUUUGUAUGAAGGAGGUUUCUUCAAUGCUAUAAUGAGCUUCCCCCCCAAUUACCCAAACAGUCCUCCAACAGUGAGGUUUACUUCAGAUGUGUGGCAUCCCAAUGUUUAUUCUGAUGGAAAAGUCUGCAUAUCAAUUCUGCACCCACCUGGUGAUGAUCCUAACGGAUAUGAGCUUGCUAGUGAGCGAUGGUCACCAGUCCACACGGUUGAGAGUAUAGUUCUAAGCAUCAUAUCUAUGCUUUCAAGUCCGAAUGACGAAUCUCCUGCUAAUGUCGAAGCUGCUAAGGAAUGGAGAGAACGAAGGGAUGAUUUCAAGAAGAAAGUUAGUCGUUGCGUAAGACGAUCACAAGAAAUGCUUUGAACAAAAAUAUCCCAAAUGUUGCUGUUUUCUGAAAAAAAAAUGAAAAAAAAAAAUCUCCGGUUUCGACCGGAGAAUUUGGCUUCUUUUUUGUGUUACUAUCUUGUGCGGACGAUGCGAUUUUAUAAGACCACAUGAUAUGUUUUCGUAAUGGAUCUACUGUGUUAGAACCUAAUCAUAUUGGUUCGUGACUGAUGAAAUUCUACGGGGAAAUAGUUUUUUGAACCGUUGUGGUCAUUCAUAAACUUGGUAAUUGUCCUAGCUACCUUUUCUGUCUACUAUUUUUUGGUUCGGUUGUGUUUCUGAUUA